AUGACCGAGCCAUCUCGAGGGUUCAGAGUAGCCCAUCAAAAGGUGAGCGUUGAUGUUGAUCUUUUCCGGCAACGUCUAAUCGGGCACACAGAACUCACGAUUGUCCCGACGACACGUGAGCUGCACCAGGUCCGACUCGAUGCCCGCCAACUUGUAGUCCAGAACGUUUUGAUCAACGGAAAGCACGCCACGUUCGCACAUAAUGAUCUGGUUGCGAGCAACCCCGAGCGGCUGAACUCUUGGAUCCCCGAGCAACAUCGCAUGUUCUAUGAGCAUCGCAAACAACUUUUCCAGGCUACCGUCCCAGGCGAGCUUUUAAUUGAUGUUCCUGAGGAUGUCUCGAUUUUGGACCAAGAUACUUCGUCUACUUAUAUCGUUUCCCACGCUUCUGACGAGCAAAAUUAUCAACCUUUGACUGUGCGGGUCGCAUUCGAGGUGUCGGGCUCUAACUCUGGUUUCAACUUUGUUGGUGGGCAAAAUAGCUCUUUGCCCAGAUCAAAAUGGCAUGCAUACACUACAAGCGCACUUUUGGGUGCCUCAACUAGCUGCUGGUUGCCGUGUGUUGACGGCUUGUGGGAGUUGUCCACGUGGGAAAUAGAGGUGUCCGUGCCAAAGACCUUGAAAGACGUUGAUCGUCGGGGGUUGAUGACGGAUAAUACGAAAGAUGAAGACAAUGAAGAAGAUGAAGAAGGAGAACAUGAAAUUCUUGCUGUUUGUAACAAUAACUCGCCCUCCCAGGUCGUGGACCCAACAGCCUCUCAUAAAAAGAUUGUUUCGUUUGAACUUUUCAAUCCUGUAUCAGCCCAUCAUCUUGGGUUUGCGGUUGGACCAUUUGUUCAAACGCCAAUGACCCAAUCGACCGACGACCUCGACGAAUCUGGCACCUCGAGUGUCCCUUUUUCGGUGUUCGCUUUACGGGAGAGCGUCGAUAUGGUCAAGCACUGCUGCGGUAUUUUUGUGAAAGCAAUGGAUUUCUUCAAUCGCGACUUUGGUUCUUUUCCUUACUCCUCUUAUUCGCUUUGUUUCGUGAGCGACAUGCCUGAGACUACAGCCGAUGCUGCUGGUCUAACUAUUUUAUCUGACGGCUUCUUAUUUCCUUCUAAUGUAAUCGAGCCAGUGUUUCAGAACGUGGAACCUUUGAUUUGUGCCCUGGCGGCUCAAUGGUGUGGUGUAAGCAUUGUUCCUAAAACAUGGAACGAUAUUUGGGUCACUCAGGGAGUUGCAAUGUACAUGACCCACUUGUUUGUGCGCAAGUUGAUGGGAAAUAAUGAGUACCGAUUCAGGAUGCGAAAGUAUGUCGAUGAAAUCACCCGUCAAGAUAUUAAUAUGCCGCCCCUUGCUGGUCCUGACUUUCAAUUUCCUAUCACAAACCCGGACCUUGGCUUUAUACAGCUCAAGGCACCGCUGGUUUUGUACAUCUUAGAUCGUCGAAUGACCAAAACAGAUAGGUCGCUUGGUCUAAGUCGUGUUAUUCCAAAGCUCUUUUUACAAAGCAUGUCCGGCGAUUUGCAUUCAACUAUCAGCACCGCGCAUUUCAUCAAGUUGUGUGAGCGAGUAGCUCAUCAUCGCCUCACAAAGUUUUUCCAGGAGUGGGUGUAUGGAUCGGGCUAUCCUAUUUUCAGAGUUACUCAACGGUUUAAUAAAAAGCGAAUGUUUAUCGAAAUGGGUAUUGGCCAGGUUCAAAGCCGAGAGUUACCGCCGGAAGCUCUGCAAAACGAUACGUUUCUGGCCCAGGCUCUUCGAGAUCUUGACAAGGCACCUGAAGGGGCGAAAUAUAAGCCCUCCGAUGUAUUUACUGGCCCAAUGACCAUUCGUAUCCACGAAGCUGAUGGAACGCCUUACGAGCAUGUUGUUGAUUUGAAAGAAGGAUUCACGAAACUGGAUAUUCAGUACAAUACAAAGUACAAGCGUUUGAAGCGUACACAGCGGUAUCGAAAUGGCAAUGCUCAUCGGGAUGAAUUCGAAGACGACGGCAGUGGGUUGAUCCAUUGUUUGGGUGACGUGCUAAUGGGUGAUCGUGAAACAGAAGAGUGGAAACUUAGCGAUUGGGGUCAAGAUGAUGAAGAGUAUAUGUUUAACGAAGCGUUCGAAUGGAUCCGUGUCGAUUCCGAUUUCGAGUGGAUUUGCAAGAUGUCUGUGGGCCAACCGGAUUAUAUGUAUGCCUCGCAACUUCAACAAGAUCGUGACGUAGUGGCCCAAUACGAAGCGGUCACGUUUUUUAGUGCUCAACCCCCGAAUGCUAUCCAUUCUAGUAUCCUGUUACGAACACUGAUGGAUCGACGAUACUUUUAUGGCAUCCGGAUUUUGGCUGCGUUUGGUGUUGCAACAUGUGCAGUAUCGCAGCUGAAAUACAUUGGAAAGUACCAUCUAAUGAGAGCCUUUCAAGUGAUGUACUGUUUCCCUGGAUCGCUUGUACCCAAGGCAAAUGAUUUCCAGGAUUUUGCCAACUAUUUUGUCCAGAGGUCGAUCCCAGUGGCCUUGUCCACUAUUCAAGAAGAUGGCAGGGCACCCAAAGAUGUUGCCGAGUUUUUACUGGAUUUGGUGCGAUACAAUGAAAAUUCAGGAAACCCCUAUAGCGACAGCUAUUAUGUUUCUACGCUGAUAACGUCUAUUGUAAACUCAUUGAAACCCCCCAAGGAUACAGUGGUAGAUUAUGACGAUGCGGCACUCCAAGAUUAUGUCUCGCGUGUGACGUCUGAAAUCUCGAAAUGCCAGAGACUCGACAGAUGGCUGCCCUCGUUCAAGCAUGUCAUUACUACGACAGCGUUGACACAAACCGAAGCACUGAUUCGAGAUGGAUACGGCAAACCCAAGUUCAGCAAGCUGCUGUCGUUGAGUGCGCCUGAAAACCCUCCAGAAGUUCGCCUUGCCGCUUUCAGCAGUCUGUUGAAUCUCGGUGGGUAUCGCACGCCCGAAAUCUUGAGCUAUGCGCUGGUCGCAGCAGUCAAGGAUCCGUCAAUGGUAGUGCGAACAGGAACUUUGCGAGCAGUUGCUACCGCUAUAGGCCAGGUUGCCGUUUAUGGGGAGUAUUUCAGUGCAGACGAUCCGGCAAAACCGGACAGUAAUGAUCCUUUGGUGGACAGACAACACCGUAUUGCGCGUAGAGCUGUCCACACUGCGAUUCCUUUGCUUCAAGAAACAAUUGCGAAACAUCCGCACGUUGCCAAAAGCAUCUGGUCAACACUGCGCACCCCCGGGCUGGGUGUCUUUGAACAAAAGAUACUCUUUGAGGUGUUGCGAGUGGCUGUUGAGGCCAAAAACAGCAUGGUUGUUACGCUCAAAACACCAAAACUCUACAAGCUAGCUGCAAAGCGAAAGCGUGACUUUUUGGUUGUCGUCAAGUACCGCAGCGUGCUUCGCAGAGAAAAGAAAACUGUAGUCCCCCGGUUGACGCUGCCUGUGAUCCCGUCCGAACCAGCAAAGCCACCAGCCCUCAAGCUGAAACUAGGAUUCUCUCUAUAG